AUGGUGUCUGUGGAUUUCAGAUUGCUGACUUCACCCGUUGGAAUUGUGCGAAUUUUUGAAACUGCCCUGACUUGCAUCUGUUUUAGCCUGGUGGCCUCUGUGAGCCAUUCUAUCUCAUCCUACUGGGCCUGGUGCAUGUUCACCUGGUGCUUCUGCUGCUUCAUGACGCUCUUCAUCCUCAUCCUGGAGUUCACCAACCUCAGUGACAAGGUGCCAAUCUCCUGGGAUGACUUCACUACAGCCUUUGCCAUGCUGGCCACACUUAUGGUACUCGCUGCCUCAGUUAUUUAUUCUGCCAUCUUCACGUGCCCCACCUGCCUUCAGGAGAUUUGUGCCUCCGUUCUGUCCUGGAUAUGUUUGGGGCUGUAUGCUGUAGAGGUCUGGUUGGCCCACAGAAGACCUGGGGAGAUCAGUGGAUUCCUCUCUACUUUCUCUGGUCUUCUGAAGAUCCUGGAGACCUUUGUGGCUUGUAUCAUAUUCACCUCUUUAAAUCCUUCUAAUUAUAACAUAUUUCCAGGGCUUCAGUGGUGCAUAGCAGUAUAUUCACUGUGCUUCCUCUUUGCUUUGCUCAUCAUCAUCCUCACUGUUGGGAGAUUGCUGUCAAGCUUUCCCAUCCCUUUUGAUAAACUAGUUACUGUAUACAAUAUCCUGGCUGCAGUGAUGUACAUGAGUGCUUUGGUUAUCUGGCCACUUUACGCCUUCGAAAAAAACCCACGCCCUAUUGACUGUCAUUUCUGUAGUUGGGAUAAACUGGUGGUGGUGUCCUUUAUGACUGCGAUUAAUGCCAUUGCCUACACUUUUGAUGCAGUUUACUCUAUUAAACUUGCAUUCUUCACCCAUUAG